AUGCAGGACGCUGAGCUGGAGGCGUGCUUUGGCCUGGUGGAGCGGACCAGCAGUCACGAUUACCGCCGCGCGGCGGGCGGAUGGCAUCCAGAGGCGAAGCGUGCGGAGAUGAGGUCGCCGGGCUUGCGCUACAUUCUCGUGCGUGGCGCGGCGGCGGAGGCGGAGGCUACGGCCUCCUCGGACGAGUCUGCAACGGAGAAUAGUGGUGACGGCGGCGGCGAGAUUCGUGCGUUUACGUCGUUUAUGCCAACGUGGGAGGACAACAAGCCCGUGGUGUACUGCUACGAGAUUCAUCUACUACCCGAGCUAGAAGGAACAGGCCUGGGUCGGCUUUUGAUGAGCCACGUAACGACGGCCGCGGACCGCAUCGGCGCGCUGCACAAGACGAUGCUGACGUGCUUCACGGCCAAUGCGCGCGCUCGGCGCUUCUAUGAAAAGCUGGGCUUUGCCGUGGAUGACAGCUCGCCGCGGCCGAGGCGGCUUCGCGACAAGGUGGUUGAGCCAGAGUAUGUCAUCAUGUACCGGCCGACGAGGAGUGAUGACGACGCAGACGCGGACGCGGACGCGGCUGUGGAUGUGGAUUUGGAUGUGGAUGCAACGGCGGCGGCGGAUGAUGGGAAUGAGCACCGGGAGAAGCGGGCAAAGAGAGUGGACUGA